GCGCCGUCUCGGAAGUCUCGCGAGAGUCAGCGGCGGGCUGCCCUUGGGAGCGCGGUUCUGGUGGGACCCGCGGUGCGGGGUUUGGGCUGAGCGGCCAUGGCCAGGAGGCUCCUCCGUCAGUACACGGACAUCCCAGACGGCACCGACUGCCACCGCAAGGCCUACGCCAGCACGGCUAUCAGCACCAGUGUCGGCCUGGUUGCGUCCGGCUACAGCCUCAUACACAGGCCCCCGGCCUCUGUCCUCGAAGGUGUGGCCAGGGCCGGAAGGUACACAUUUACCGCAGCCGCCAUCGGGGCUGUGUUUGGCCUGACCUCUUGCGUCAGUGCCAAGGUCCGAGAGAAGCCCGAAGACCCCCUGAACUACUUCCUUGGAGGCUGUGCCGGGGGCCUGGUGCUGGGAGCGCGCAUGCACAACUACGGGAUCGCCGCGGGUGGCUGCAUGUACAUGGGCACGACGGCCGCCCUGGUCAAGAUGGGCCAGCUGGAGGGAUGGCAGCUGUUUCCCGACGCCAAGGUGUAGCCCUGCCGCCUCCGCCUCGCCUCCGGACCAGACUGCCUGGAAAUAAACCCUGUGUAUAUGUGUGACA